AUGUAUAUUCGCUCCAUCUUCGUCACCACCUUGGCGGCUACUAGCACAGCACGAGCGCUGAACCUAGCUGAAGGGGCAAACUCCGCAGCCGGCAGCUCAAAACGCGCACUCGGAAGCGUUGUUAACUGGACUAGAGGCAUUUUCAACAGACAAACAACAUGUCCUGCUGUGUGGAGCGAGAUCUCCACCAACCUCACAGCCCAAUUUCUAGCAGACGGUCAAUGUACGGAUGCGGCACGCGCAGCCAUUCGAUCAGCCUUCCACGACUGCUUCAAUGGCGCCUGUGAUGGAUCCCUUAUCCUUGCCAAUGAGUGCUCAAACUCAGAGAACGCGGGUCUCUCUCAGCUAUGCGGCAACCUUGCGAACAUUGCAAAUCAGGCGAAAGUCGGUGUUGCAGAUCUCAUCCAGUUCGCUGCUGCACACGCGAUCAAGACGUGUCCUGGUGGACCCACCGUUCCCGUCAAGAUAGGCCGUAAGGACUCCAGCACUGCAAACGCCCUUGGUGUGCUUCCAGCUCACAAUUCCGGUGGCGAUGAUCUGGUGAAACUUUUCGCGUCGAAGGGAUUCACACCUACCGAUCUCGCCGCCUUAAUCGGUGCCCACACAACGGCUAAGCAGCGCUUCGCUGACCCAUCCAAAGCUGGCGCAUCUCUCGACUCUACCGUCGGUACUUGGGACACCAAAUUCUACUCAGAAACGAAGAGUGGCAAGGCACCUUUCACCCUACAAGCCGACAAGAACAUUGCGGAGAACUCGCAAACAUCCGCCCCUUUUAGCAACUUCGCCUCGAGUAAGGGUGCUUGGGACGCGGCUUUUGUUAGUGCAAUGACGAAAAUGAGCAUGUUGGGCGUUGAUGGAAGUAAUCUGAUCGAUUGUACGGGUGCGCUGCCCGGGGGGAGCAGGAAGCGGGAAAUCAAGAACAGCAAUAUCUUUGACCGCCUCAAAUGGUAG